AUGUCUGAGACCGAGGGAUUCGAAGUCGUCCAACGCGAUGAAGUCCCCCAGGAAGCUUCGCCGGUGUCUCCAGCUACCACCAAACCCCAAUCAGCUUCUCCAGCCACCAAAGCCAGCCCGGCGGCUAAGACAGCAACCACGGGAGCGUCGAAGCGCCUGAGCACGAGCUCAACCACAGCGACUCGCCGUCCUGGCACAACUACUACAACCACGGGAGCGAGAACGACCGGUACCGCCACUACGCGUACUGCAACUGCUGGAACCACCAAGCCGCUCACGCGCCCGGCGGCUAGCAGCACGCUGAACCGCCCAACGACGAGCUCGAGCGCGACCAGCCACCGUAGCCGACCCAGCGUCAGUGCGAGCGAGGAUGAGAAGAAGUCUACAACCUCGACUUCGUCUCGACGGACAAGCACCUUGCUGUCCAGCCCGUCGAAGACCAAGACAACCCCCACGAGCACCACCGCUGCUGCUCGCAAGCCUGCAACUGCAACUGCGACUAGCACUAGCAGUCCUCGCACAACUACGGCAGCGAGAACCUCUACGACCACGGGCACAACCGCAACAAGAACUGCCUCCUCCCGUCUUGGAGCGGCCCCAUCCACAACUGAUGCAAGAAAGCGAUUAUCCACUGCUGGAACUCCCACACCUACGUCUCGAACUACCGCUACUGCCCGAACAGUCGCUAAGCCCGACGCCUCGGCGGCAUCUGCCAAGGAAAUCGAGGAGCUGAAGACCAAGGUUGCUGAGGGUGAGGCUGAGAUCGAGGCCCUCAAGACCCAGGUUAAGGAGUCGGAGGAGAAAGUUGCUGCUCUCACGGAGCAGCAUAGCCACAGCGAACCCAAUGGGGACGAUGCGAAGGCGCAGCAAUCCGCCAUCUCAACACUUGAGAGCCAGCUCUCAGAGACCACGGCAAAGCUCGAGGCCGCGCAAGCAGAGCUCGAGCAGCACAAGACCGAUUUGUCGGAGGCAGUUGGCCAGAAGGAAGCCCUCCAGUCCGAAAUCGAGGCAAUGAAGGCAUCUCUCGAGACUGUUCAGACAGAGAGCGCCGAGAAAGUUCAAGCCAGCGAUGCUGCGCUGCAGAAGGCUGCUGAUGAACAUGCCGCAAAUGUUCAAGAGCUGAAGGAUUCCCUCGCUGAACAGCAAAAGGCCGCCCUAGAGGAGCUUGAGACUAAGCACAAGGAGGAGCUUGGUCGGGGCCAGGCAUCUAGCGAAUCGCAUGAGGCCGAGAUCCUAGCACUCAAGUCAGAGCACGAUGCAGCCCUUGCCGAGCUCCAAAAGAAGAUUGACGACUUGUCUGCCUCACAGGCUGCUUUGGAGUCUGCCAGUGGCGACAAGGCCAAGUCUGAGCAAGAUGCUCACCUCGCGCAGGUUGCUGCACUUGAAGGGGAAAUCGCAGAGUUGAAGACCAAGCUCGAUGCUGCCGAUAUCGCGGCUGAGAAGGCCCAGGCUGAUAUCAAGUCCAUCGGCACCGAAAUCGAGACCCUCCAAGGAUCUCUCGCUGAGAAGGAGAAGGAACUGGCCGCUGCUCAGGAUGACUUGAAGAAGGCCCAGGAUGACCUUGCAGCUGUCCAGGCCAAGGCAGCCGAGGCUGAAACCACUCUUGCUGCCAAAGACGAAGAAAUUACUAAGCUCAAGGGUAUUCACGAUGAGCGCAUGAGGUCAAUCACUCAGGACUACGAGACCGAGAUUGAGAGCCUCCGAGGUGACGCGUUCUUUAAGCGCAAGUUUGAGGACCUGGAACGUCAGCACACUGAGCUGCAAAUCUCCUCGACUGAAGCUGAGGAGAGCCACGCCAAGGCAGUUGAAGCUGCCAAGGCCGAGCAUGCCAGCGCCGUGGCUGCACUGGAGGCUAAGGAGGCUGAGCAUCAGAAGGACCUGGAAGCUCUUCGAGCCAGCCACGCAGAGCAGCUCGAAUCCGCCAAGAACAGUGCCUCGGCCGACAAGGAUGCUGUAUUGAGUGAAAUCGAUUCUCUCAAGGCUAGCCACGCUGAGCAGCUUGAGGUCUUGAAGAGCGAGGGCGAGUCUGGAUUGGCGAAGGAGCUUGAAGCCCUCAAGGCAUCCCACGCUGAAAUCAUCGAGGGUCUCACGAAGAGCAGCGCCGAAGAGAAGGAGAAAUUGCUGGCUGAUCACGCCGCAGAAUUGUCGUCGAUCAAGGAGACCGGAGACAGUGCUCAUGCGAAGGAGUUGGCCGACAUCAAGGCAGAGUUAGCCUCAGCCAAGACAGCUGGAGACGAGGCGCACAUUGCUGAGCUGGAAAAGAUUAAGUCUGAGCUUUCUGCUGCUCAGGAGGAGAAGGAGUCAGCACAUGCUGCCGCUAUUGCUGCCCUUCAAGCCGAGCUUGCAGCAGCCAAGGAGGCUGGAAAUGAAGCUCAUGCCGCUGAACUUGCCAGCAUCAAGGCCGAACUCUCGGAAGAAAAGGAGGCCAGCGACAAGGCGCAUGCUGCUGAGCUAAGUGCACUCAAGGAGGAGCUCGCUGCUCUCAAGAAGGAACUUGCAGCCGCCAAGGAUGAAAAGGAGACCCAGAUUGCCGAGACAAACGCAGCCAAGUCUCAACUCGAGGCUCUUCGACUUGAGCAGACUGAUGCGAACAAAGCAAGUGGCGAAGCGCAUGCUGCCGAGAUCGCUGCCCUCAAGGACAAGCUCGCCGUCGCGGACGAACAGAGGGAGCUGCGUGCUGCCGAGCUCGUCACUCUCCAGGCUCAGCUGGCUUCCCUUGCGUCUGAGCACGCUGACUCCAACAAGGCAAACAGCGAAUCUCAUGCUUCCGAAUUAGCAAAGCUUCAAGCGGAGCUUGUGUCUGCCCGGGAAGCAGGAAGCGAGGCGCACUUCGCUGAGCUUGCUGGUCUCAAGGCCUCAUAUGCUGCGGCUGAGGAGGGCAACAAGAAGGCACAUGAUGACGCUCUCGCUGCCCUCAGAUCUGAGUUGACAGCAGCAAAUGAGAAGAGCAAGACUGAGCACGCAGCUGAAUUGGCUAAACUGCAGGCUCAGCUUCAGGAAGCCCAAGCCGAGGUUGAGAAGAUUGAGAGGAACGCUGAAAUUGCUUUGGACAGUGCUAAGUUGGAGCUGGAGGAACAGCACCACAAGGAGAUUGAAAAGUUGCUUGAUAUCAAUGCUGAAUCAAUCCAAGCCUUGAAGGCGGAGGGAGUCAACACUAAGAAGGAACUCGAGGAGCUCGUGGCAUCUCACACGAAGUCUCUUGACGAUGUCAUGGCUGAGUAUAGAUCAAAGGAUGCAUCCUUUGAAGAGAAGCUUUCCGCUGUCACGGAUGCUCGGGAUAAGCUUGGUGAGCAGCUGAAGACUGUCCAAUCGACUCUGGACAGCGCACAAGCUGAGGUUGAUGAGCUCAGCCAUCAGCUUGCGCAGGAGAAGUUCGAAAGGAUGACAGCGCUUGCCGAGCUUGACGCAGCGAAGAGUGCCAAGCCUGACACGUCCGCUCUGGAUGCAUUGAAGAAGGAAUACGCCACACUCAAGGAGGCCCAUGAGAGCACGCUAGCUGAAAAGGAGACCCAGCUGAAGGAUGCUCAGGAUGCCCUUGCGGCGGCCAAGACUGAGCUUGGCGCUGUCCAUGCCAACCUCUCCGACGUCCGUGAGGACCUCGAGCUGUCGCAGAAGGAUCUGGAAGCUUUCAAGGCCGAAGCUGAUGCCAAGAACAAGAUGGCCAAGGCCGACUACGAAGACCUCAACGACAGUAUGACUACCAUGGUUGAGGACGCUAGGAAGGAGGCGGAUGAGGCCAAGGGCAAGCUGAAGGAGCUUGAGACCCAGGUUCAAGACAAGACGGCAUCGAUUCAAGGACUGGAGAAGAAGCUCGAGGAGCUUCAAGCAGUGUUGAAGGUCAAGGAAGCCGAAGUUGUUGAGGCUAAGGCUCUCGCCGCCCCUGCUAAGGCCAAGGGUCUUGCAGACAGCAGAUAUGCAAACUCCAACGACGACGACGACGCGGUAUCAGCGGAAGGUGAGGAAGACGAAAAAGAUCACAGUUCCGCCGGAUUGGCCUUGCUAAGUAGUGCAAGGCUGACGGCCAAGCAAGUCCUCACCCUCGACCGCGAGAUGCGAGAUCGGAACCUGGCCAUGCUGAACACAAUCACUGAUACCAAGUCGUCUGUAUGA